ACUCUCGGUUGCCUGGCGUGACAUAAUCUAGGCUGUUGUGCUCUUGGGAAGUUGGGGUUUGGCAUGAAAAACAGGCGGCAGCAGGGUUAGCCAUUCUAACAUUAGCUUGUUGCUAGCUAAUGGCUAGCUGAAUAGCAGUGAAGCCAUUCCAUUUAGUUACCGAAUGAAAACGACAUUUAUGGGCCACUACAUUUAUAAAAAAUCAUCCGAAUGAGCUCUCAGCAAUUUCCACGCCACGGGCUGCCUGCUUCCAGCGGGGGGGCACCCCUCAUCUCGGCCGGUGGGAAUCUGGUGACUGUCAAUCAGCCGUCAAACCCCCCAGCGGUUGCAGAGGCUGACAGCGGACGGGAUGGAGAUCACGGACAGCAGGAGCAUCCUCCAGCAGGGGGAGGGGGGACGGUGGUAUUCAGGGAUGACAAGCAGGAAACUAUGGUGGUCAGACCGUACCCCCAGGUACAGACGCACGGCCAGCCACAGCCUGCUCCCCAGACAGUGCCCAUUCAGCCUGGCACACCUGUGGCAGUGCCCGCCCCCCCGGUUCACCUCCCACCUGGGCAGCCUGCAGUCCUCACUGACGGACAGAUGAAGGCUGUCCUGAAGUCACCCAUGCCUAGCCGUCUGAUUGCCCCGGCACCCGCCUCCAACCAGGGGCACAUCCCCAUGCCUCCCAAGGUACCAGGCCACAUCACGGGCACCACGGAAAGUAGCAUUGCCACAACACUUUCAAUCCCCGUGGCGACAAUCAGCGGUCAGCAGGGUCACACCAGCAACCUGCACCACCUCAUGUCAGCCAACAUUCAGAUAAUUCGAGGCAGCGCCCCUGCAUUGAUCGGAACCCCCGCAGUCCCUUCCCAGACCUUCACGUCUCAUUUACCACGAGGUGCAGCUGCAGCAGCAGUCAUGUCAAGCUCUAAGACGGUCCUGCGACCAGGCACCGGAGCGAGCGCAGGCCCCGGCCAGCCCACCGUGCAGCACAUCAUCCAUCAGACAAUUCAGUCCCGUCCUGCCGUGACGACGUCCACGGCUGUGCUUCCAACUGUGGUGGCCCCGAUUUCAGCUACGAGGACUCAGUCUCCGGUCAUCAGUACAACAGCCACGCACUCAGCAGAGGUGGCUCACGGGCGUCCUGGACUGACCAUUCAUCCUCCUCCGGCCACCGUCAGCAUCCAGAGGCCUCAGACACCCCGCGACACGGCCACCCGCAUCACGCUGCCGUCACACCCGGCCAUAGGGGCCCCAAAACCACAGCCUCCGCACACCAUGACACAGAAGCCCAUCUUCAGUACUGUAACGCCAGUCGCUGCAGCCACGGUGGCACCCAUUGUUGCCACAAACACCGUGCCAUCAACCACCACUAUAGGCACCGUGACGCACACACAAAUGAGCAGCAACACUAUUGUCACCAUGACGAUGGCCUCCCACUCGUCUCACGCCACAGCCGUCACCAACUCCACCAUCCCUGUUGCCAAAGUGGUGCCUCAGCCCAUCGCCCACUCGUCGUCCCGUGUGCAGCCCGACUACCCUGCAGAGAGAGCCAACCUCAUCCCCAUCCAAGGCCAUCGGUCGUCUCCGAACCCUGUCACCAUGGAACCAAGAAGUGACAACAGGCCUUCUGUACCAGUUCAGUUCCAGUAUUUCCUUCCGGCAUACUCCUCAUCGUAUCCCCUGACUCACACUUAUACCCCGAUUAGCAGCUCUGUGUCCACCAUCCGACAGUAUCCAGUUACUCCCCAAGCGCCAAGCUCAGCACUGCCCACCCAAGCUGGGGUGGGCGUGGCUACCACUGUUCAUCUGAACCACAUGCAGCUGAUGGCACAAAUCAGCACCCAAGGCAUCCAGCCGGCACCCAUCGCCGCACAGGGCAUCCAGCCGGCGCCAAUAGGAGUACAGGGCCUGCACACGUCUGCAUCCAUCGGUGCGCAGGGAAUCCAGCAGGCCUCGAACACAACCCAGCAGCAGCAGCAACCGCCGUCUGAAGCUAAAUCUGGAGUUGUUUUGGCAGAUGGCUUUGUGGCUAACCCCAUUAGCAGCACCACUCAGCCGGUAGGCACCAUCGUGCAGACACACGGCCAGGGAGGGGCGCCUACCUUGGUGUCCUCGCCGAGGCCCAGCAUCCUACGCAAGAAACCCACAACUGAAAGUUGCGUUCGAAAGAACCUUAUCCCUGCUCAGCCCAGUGAACAAAGCAGCAGCAGAAUGGAGGGUGGCGUGAGAGGGGCUGGCUCCCCCAGACCUGCGGGAGUAAAACCUAAAGCUGAGGUACACAUGGCUGUGGCCCCUCCCGUCAUGGCCACCGUGGAGGCGCUACCUCCGCAGGGAGGGGAGCAGCAAGCUGUGGCUUCGGGCGCGCAGCAUCUCGCCCAAGCCCUCCCCGCCAUACUGGGCACACCGGGGCCUGUGCCCCCCUCCCAGCCCUCUGCGGUCCUCUCAGCGCUGCCCGCGGCCAUGGCAGUCACUCCCCCCAUCCCUGCCUCCAUGGCCAACACGGUGGCCUCGCCGACACAGCCCGCCGCCAGCAGCACAGCGGCCUGCGUCGCCAGCUCUGCCUGCCCUGACGUGAAAAUCAAGCAGGAGUUGGAGACGAUGGACACCUCCCAGCCUGAUCCUAAUGCAAACCCAGCACUGAAUGCCCAGGCCUCCACUCUCAACGUGCCCCCCACAGGAGAUCUGAUCACUGGAGCAUCUCCGAGGAAAAAGCCUCGCAAGCAGCAACAUGUCAUCUCAACAGAGGAGAACGAGAUGAUGGAAACUAACAGCACCGACGAGGAGAAGGCGCCAGGACGCCCCAUUACUGGCAGGGCUGAGCGCCGUGAGUCUCCCCCAAGAGAAUACGUCGAUGAAGAAGGAGUGCGCUACGUGCCCGUCAGGCCUCGACCGCCUGUCACCCUCCUGCGGCACUACCGUAACCCCUGGAAAGCAGCCUACCACCACUUCCAGAGGUACAGCGAUAUCCGGGUCAAAGAGGAUAAGAAGGGCACAUUACAGGAUAUGGCCAACCAGAAAGGGGUGGCGUGCAGAGCACAAGGCUGGAAGAUUCACUUGUGUGCCGCACAGCUCAGACAGCUGUCAAGUUUGGAGGAUGACGUGUACAGCCGCCUGUCAUCUCUUCAGGAGGGCCUCAUCCCAAAAAAGAGAGCAGGUGCUGACGAUGACCUCCAUCGCAUCAACGAACUCAUUCAGGGCAACAUGCAGCGCUGCAAGCUGGUGAUGGACCAGGUGACGGAGGCGCGGGACACCAUGAUGAAAGUGCUGGAGCACAAAGACAAAGUCCUCAAGCUCCUCAACAAGAACAGCGCUGUCAAGAAGUCGUCCAAGCUGAAGCGCAAAGAGCGGGCAAUACGGUGCUAUGAUCUGCUUCAUACAAUCAAAAGCACCCUGGGGGAAGAGGUUCUCACUGAAGACACGGCAAGCGCUACGGAAGACCUCAAGGACAAUUUUUUACUAACUUGUCGUCUGCCAUUUGGCGUAGCUGUGAAGAUGUGGCGCGAGAGGCAGGUGCGACUACGAGCGGCGUGAAUUGAAAUCAUCAAGCAACCUUUACGUGAAGACAAGACCAACCUCAAAUGUGCUCUUUUUUUUGUUUUUCAUCAACCGGUGCCUUCAUUGUGUUUGAGGAUGACGUAACACCAUGCUGGGAGGCAAACCACACCCAACACCUUUUUACAGUCAAUUAAGCUCAGAUCUAACCCACAUUGACAGUAAAUAACUAGCGGAAGUAGAAAACUGUGAUGUGUCAUUGGCAAAAAAUGCGAGCUUCAGCGAGUGUCCUCAUGUUCACUGUUACAGUGCCCCCCCCCCCUCCCCACUCACAAGGUUUUGUACCCCAACCAGGCAUUUUGUGACAAGACAUGUAAAAAGGCCACAUUUCACACAGUGUCAGGAUGAUGUAGUCAGUCUGGAUCAUUCAGCCAUUGUACUUUUUUUUUUGUCUGUAAUUAUAGUAAAGAUGCUUCAAAAACAUGUCAACCCCUGUUUAGUCUUCAUUGUUUAUUUUACUGUAUACUGCUCACAAGCGCUACUCGUCUCUUCAAUAACCUUAUCACUGUUGCUGUGUUUCAGUCACGUGUUCGCAGAGUCCAGCUGUUCCCAUGAAUGGACUGGUGACAAGAAAUACUUGGCAGC